AUGAACGGAGGUGUUGAUAAAGCUAAUACAAUAAAAGAGGUUUCAGCUCAGUUGCAGGCUCAUUCAGAUGGAUUGGUAACAUUGGAAGAGGUUUUUAAGACAAUCUCUUCUGAGGUUCGUUCUUUAGCUACUGAUAUCAUCCCUGUUAAAGAAUCUCUCACCACAAUUGUUCUGAUGUGUCAACGAUUGGAUGUAGCUUAUGAUAAUUAUAUUGGCAGUUUUAACAAAUUAGCUCAAAUUACUACUGUUGAAGAAUCUUAUGAACGUUAUGAAUCCUUAAAAUCUUUAAUGAAAUCUCGCAAUCCAAGUUUAUCUGAAGAUUAUUAUACUAUGAGUUUUGUUAGUGGGUUAAAGGAAGAAAUUCGUAAUGUUGUUCAGAUGUUCAAGCCUGCUUCAGAUACUGAUGCUUUUUACCUUGCUAGAAUGCAACAGGCUUCUGGACACAUGUGCAAGACUCAACAAUUGUUUAUGUUAGUAGCUUCAGAUGAUGUUGCAUCACCUUCUUCUGAAGAAACUGAAGAUGAGGUUGCAUCUCCUCCUUCACCUGCAGUAUUUACCAUGGAAAUCUCUUUACAUGCCUUAACUGGCAGCACUCACAGUUUUGUUGAUGCUAAAUUAGCUGAGCAACUACAACUUCCAGUGGAACCCACUGGCCAAAUUCUAGUAACAGUGGCUAAUGGUGAUUCAACUAUCAGUAGAGGCAUCUUCAAUCACUUACAAUGGUCUAUGCAGGACUACCAAUUCCAGGGUGAUUUAAGGGUUCUACCACUUGGUGGUUGUGAUAUAGUCUUGGGUGUACAUUGGCUUAAACAAUUGGGUGACAUCACAUUCAAUUUGGCUGAACUGAAGCUCACAUUUCUUCAUCAUGGACAUCUGAUUACUCUACAAGGAAGCUCCACUGUACCUUCUUGCAAUCUGCUCACUGGUAGCUCCUUUCUGAAGUUCUUAAAAAAUAAUACCCCUACUAUCAUUGGCCAAUUCUUCUCUAUUUCCGCUGCUCCAUUAGAACCCAUUCACCCUGACAUAUCUACAUUGCUAGACUCAUAUGCUGAUGUUUUUGAACCACCUACCUCCCUACCACCUAAAAGAGCUAUUGAUCACCAAAUACCCUUGAAGCCUAAUGCUGCUCCUAUCUCUCAAAGGCCAUACAGAUGUCCUCAUCUUCAAAAAUCAGUUGUUGAGAAGUUAAUUCAAGAAAUGUUGGAUGUUGGAUUUAUACAGGACAACCAUAGUCCAUUUGCUUCACCUGUCCUUCUAGUCAAGAAGAAGGAUGGCUCUUGGAGAUUCUGUGUAGAUUACAGAAAGCUCAAUGAUAUCACUAUUAAAGAUAAGUUUCCAAUUCCAUUGAUUGAUGACUUAUUGGAUGAACUUCAUGGUGUUGUCAUUUUUAGCAAAAUUGAUCUUAAGUCUAGAUACUACCAAAUCUUAAUGCACAUUGAUGACAUACAUAAAACUGCAUUUAGAACCCAUCAAGGGCACUAUGAAUUUAGAGUCAUGCCAUUUGGCUUAACAAAUGCACUUGCCACCUUUCAAUCCCUUAUGAACACUAUUUUUAAACCAUUUUUAAGGAAAUUUGUUUUGGUAUUUUUUGAUGACAUCUUGAUCUAUAGUAAAUCUUUAGAAGAACAUGCAGUGCAUUUGGCUCAAGUCUUGUCCUUAUUGAGACAACAUUCCUUUUUUGCCAACAAGAAUAAAUAUUGUUUUGCUCAAAACAAACUGGCUUAUUUGGGACACCUAAUUACUUCUGAGGGUGUAGCUGCUGAUCCUGACAAGAUAGCUGCAAUGCAACAAUGGCCACAACCUACUACACUGAAGCAGUUAAGAGGAUUCCUUGGUUUGACUGGUUAA